AUGAUAAUCUCAGACAAUUCUCAUAGGGAUUGGAGACUUACAGGGUUCUAUGGCUUUCCAGAAAGAGGUAGAAGGAGAGAAUCAUGGAAUUUGCUUACUAACCUAGCAGUUGCUUCUUCGCUUCCAUGGAUUUGCAUAGGUGAUUUUAAUGACCUCCUGGUGGCAGACGAUAAAAGAGGGGGAUAUGCUCAUCCGAACCAUCUCUACCAGGGGUUUAAAAAUGUUAUCAAAACCUGUAAGCUUCAUGAUGUCCCUCUAGAGGGUUGUCCAUUCACAUGGGAACGUGGAAGAGGCACUCAAAGGUGGGUGGAGGAGCGUCUUGAUAGGGCUUUCCUAAAUGUUGAGGCUCUUCAGAUGUUUCCAGACUGUAGGUUAUUCAAUUUACAAGCUUUAAUGUCGGACCACUCCCCUAUUCUUCUGGAAUUAGAUGCUCGGAAGUGGGUCAAGGCUUCCAAUUGUUUUAGGUUUGAAAGUGCAUGGUUAAGGGAGUCGAAAGUGACGCAGUUAAUUCAAACUAGCUGGGCUAGUAGUACAUCGAAUUGCCUUAUUGAUAAGCUAAAUAAUUAUGGUAAGGAUCUGGCAGAUUGGGGAAAAAACUUUAUAAAACGAUUCAAGCACAAGAAAAAGGUUCUUGAGAAGAAAAUUAACAGGUGUUGCAGUGCUAGGACAGGCCUUUUUGGAGGGGAUCUUAUCUCUUUAAAUAAGGAAAUGCAACUUCUUUUACAGCAAGAAGAGGACUUCUAG